ACCAUUCAAAAUGCCUCUACAGAUAACAGAUUGAUUGUUACAGAAGGACGCGAUCUGCUCAUUGAAUGCGAAGCUGUCGGAGGAAAUCCUGCUCCGUCUUUGUCUCUGGUAGUUCUCGGAACUAAUGUUCAGACUAGCGUCAAGAAAGUGCAAUAUUUUGUGCAGAACAUCCCUAGAAUUUACGAUCAAACAAAUAUAUCGUGUGAGGCAAACAGUGAUGCUAUGGAUACGCCAAUGACAACUACUACUAUAAUAUAUCUAAAUUUAAUGCCUUUAGUACCAAUCUUAAAUGCAUCCUUUGUGAAUACCCUGGAAAUGGUGCCAUUUUCUCUGUCUUGUGCAUCAACUGGAAGCCGUCCUGCAGCUACCGUUUGGUGGACGGUAGGGCAAACUGAUGCAACAUUUGAAGCAUCAUCACAAGAAAACAGAGAUUCUGAUGAAUCAUACACAGUGACUUCUACGUUAACAUACGUUGUAGACAGGAAAUACAAUUUGCAACCGAUAACAUGUAAAGCUAAUAACACAGUUGGGGGAUUUUCAAACAAGAUCAGUUUAUUUGUAAGAUUUGCGCCAGAUGUGUCAGUUUCUAAUGUCACCUAUGAAAUGAAAGAUUCAACACGAACAAUAAAUUGCACAGCUGAAGGUUAUCCUGAUACAUACACUUUUUAUAAGUGGCAGCAUAAGACUGUGUAUGGACGCUUUAUUCGGGAACUGGACGGAGAGAAGAUCUUGACGCUGCCUGUAGUUCCUGCAAAAAUCAGAUAUCAAGACAACGGUGAAUAUGUGUGUACAGUGAGUAAUGGAGUUCAAGGUGCAGAUGGAGCAGAAAAACGCAAAGGAGCAGCACAAAUUAUUGCUUAUGCACAGCCAGUUAUAACAUUCGACAAUGAAGAAAGACGUAUACAGUAUGGAGAGAUUGGUAAAUCUGUCGAGAUAGUUGUUCAUGUGUAUAGUGUUCCUAAGUUCUAUUACCAUACUUGGUUUAAUAACGGGAAACAAAUUCAGUUUUCAACUAAGUUUCUUAUUUCGGAAUCCUCGGCUGAGGUGGAAGAUGUUUUUCAUGGAAAGACUGUACAGGUUGACGGCUAUGUCCUAAAGCUUACUAUAAAUGAUAUAAAAAAUGAGGACUACAGUAACUAUACAUUAAUAUUAGGAAAUGGCAUGGGAGAACCCGUUGAACAUACCGUUGUUCUGGAAUUAUCAAUUCAACAAACAAUCGAAACUUCAUCAUCAGGUGUUAAUAUUGGUGCUGUGACAGGAAGCCUGAUAUCAUUGCUUAUUUUAAUAUUGGUUUUGAUUUUUGUCAUAGUCAGGAAACGGAGAGGGGACCAACAAUCCGAUAACACAGUAAAAUUCGAAAACACUGGUUCUGCUGAUCAAACAAACGUAUAUGAAGAAGUUCGAAAUAAUAAAGAAUCAAAGGAAAAAAGACAUGAAAGCUGGACCAAACAAUAUGAGGCACUUAGCUUGACAGAUACACCGAAUACUUAUGAUGAUUUAAGUAAUAAAGGGCCAGAAGGAAAGAAUAAUCAAAGUUCGACAAGCAAUUAUGAAGUACUUGUUUCGAAAGAGGCCCCUAAUGUGUAUGAUGAUUUAAACAAUAAAGCGUCACAAGAAACAAGAGCUCAGAGUUCAACACCACAUUAUGAUGAACUUGGCGCAAAAGACGUACCUAAUGUUUAUGACGAAUUGAACAAUGAAGCACCACAUGAAAACAGAUCUGAAAGCUCUGGAAAGCAUUAUGAAGAACUUGGUCAAAAAGACGAAGCUAGUGUUUAUGACGAUUUAAACAACGAAGCUUGCGAAGAAAACACAGCUAAUAGCUCGACAAAACAUUAUGAGGAACUUGGUGUGAAAAACAACCCAACUGUUUAUGAUGAUUUAAUAAAUGCGGACGCUGAAAAUAAAGUGUAUGAGAAUGACAAUUUUCAAACGCCUCAAAAUAUUGGACGCAAUAAAAACUGAUUUACUGAAUAUUAUCUUCAGAUGAUAAUAGAAUGCUGACAAUUAUAUAAUGGAAUCUACUGUCAAUUGACGGCCAGCUAUUGGAUUUGUAUCAUAUGACAUGAACAUCCGUCACUGAUGUCAGAUGAAAUGAACAACACAACUACAUUGACAAAGCCUUGAACAAAACAUCUAAUAUGGCAAGAACACAAAAACUUCUACGCUAUACCUGGUAUUUUUUUCAGACUACGCAAUGAUAUUUGAUGAAAAUUUCACAAUUGAAAAACCUGCUGAAGAAAAUUUAGGUAAAUUGCUCUGAGUGUGUCUGAACAGACAAUACACACAACCAGUGCCAUUUAAUAAGGCUAUAUCACCAUACUUUUCAUUUUUCAUAUGAAUCGAAAAUUGUAAAUAUAGAAUUUUGGGAAUGAAAUUUUCAUAUUAACGGUUACUGAACUUAUAAAAAGCGAACUUUUUUUUCAAAUAAAUUGCUUGGAGAUAGAAAUUGUUGAAUUAAUAGUUGGAAAAUUCCUAUUCUUGGAAAUUAAUUAGCAAACUAGGCACUUCAUAUUUUGUAGAAAAUAAUUUAGCUGUUUGUUUCGGAUAUUUGUAAUAAAGUAAGCAAAGAAGAUAAUAGGAUAGUAUCAAAUAUUUGCAUUAUAAUUCUUACGGUUGUCCUUCUUUCCACAAUGCAAUAUUUUCAAAAUGUUUUUGGCAGCAUAAUAACUGACAAAAAUUUAACGACUGGAUUUCCUCUGAUUUAACAGUUCCAUAUAAUCCAGCAUAAACAUGUUUGUCAUGCGUUAGUAUGCAUUACAUGCAUUUGCAUCAUAUCGAUGUCGAAAAUUAAAGACCGAGGUAGCUGUUUCCAGCAGUAUUUGAAUAGUGAAUUUGAUAACUUUUACAAUUUUUCCAGGUGCCAGGUACCUGAUUGGAAGGGGACGAGGAGAGGGUCUACGGUGUUUGAUUAAAAAACUUUUCAACCAAUUGAUAAAUGUUUAAUAUUUUAUGAAACUUCUCAGCAGUUGGUCUAAGUUUUUCUUUCAAAAAGAGAGCUAGGGGUAUUGGAAAAUUUUCGAAAUAUUUUUCUGUCUUAUUGGGAGGACUAAAAAAAGAGUAAAUUACUAUAAGAACCCUUUUUUAAGACCUUAUUUUUAAAUAUCACGAUAAGCAACACAAGUCCUUUAAACUAUAAUUAAACUGAUUGGUAUAUAGAGCAAUAUAGGAGAAAAAAAGUGAACUUUGUAGACAAUAAAAGUCUCUGACAUUUUGAAAUUAUGACUAAAGAUUCUACGUUACCAUAAUAAAUUGGUAGCGAACCAAAAAAUCAAUUUUGUUUCUUUGAAGUUAUACAUUUGUCUAUCAUGUAUAUAUUUCUAGUGAAUAAAUAAAUUUAUCGAUAACAAA